AUGCUUCUGUUAAAACGAAGUUGUGCAACUAUCUUAAGGAAUAAAUCAACGCCCAUCAGGUCAGCAAGAUUCGCUUGGAAUAUCACUACUCCCCAGCAAAUCCCUAGACCUUACGCUGCUAUCAGAAACAUGUCUUGGACAGAUUCUUCAGGUGCUACCAAGACAGUAUGGUUGGAAAGGGAUGAUCUCUUGUCCAAACCACCCUCAUACCCUCAACUCACUCAAGAUACCAAGACAGAUGUGGUGGUCAUCGGAGGCGAAGGUGGUUUACUGGAGGAUGGAAAAAUCGGAUCUGGAGAAACUGGUAGAACUACGGGCCACUUAUCGGCGGAUAACGAAUACAACGACUUCUUGAACCUGCAUGGCGCAGAAGGUACAGCCCGAAUCGCUGCUGCACAAAAAGGAGCGAUUGAUCGAAUUGCUACCAUCGUCGAUAAGCACAAGAUAGACUGUGCCUUCGUUCGCCUUCCGGGAUACAUGUUCCACCGGCUACCCACAAGUUCAAGGGAGUUCCGACUUGAUACUCUUGAAGAAUUAUACGACGCUGCUGAGAAGACUGGUAAACUGGACGUCUCGAUCGUCAAUGACACUUGUAUCAAAGGGUUCAAGAGUGGACCAGCUGUACGAUUUGGCAAUCAAGCGACGUUCCAUCCUACCAAGUACCUCUAA